AAGGAAUUAAUAGAAUCGAACAUAAUGAAAAGAAAAAUUGCUUCAUUUCAAACAAUGUGAAGAGAUUGACGCGAUUAGACACGAUUUCAUCCAUCAUCAGCAUCGACAAUUUAAUAAUAAUAAAAUGACGUCACAUGGAGGAUAAUAGUAGAAAAUUGUGGAAUAUAAGUUUUCUGCAAAGCUUCGAGAAGCAGCACCAAAAUGAUGAUUAUAAUAGUUCUUGUCAUCACAGCAAUUAUAAGUCAAACAAAAGCUGACUAUCAAACGAGUCUCACUUUCAAUGAUCUCUUACCAGAGGAUCCAAAAACUUAUGAUAAAAUGAGGCCACCCAAAAAGGAUGGUCAGGCAACGACGGUGUUCUUUCAUGUUACUGUCAUGGGACUUGAUUCGAUUGACGAAACUUCAAUGACAUACGCGGCUGAUAUAUUUUUUGCACAAACAUGGAAAGAUCAUCGAUUAAGACUUCCGGAAAAUAUGACAUCAGAAUAUCGAUUACUUGAAGUCGAGUGGCUGAAGAACAUGUGGAGGCCUGAUUCAUUUUUUAAGAAUGCAAAAUCCGUGACAUUUCAAACAAUGACGAUACCAAAUCACUAUAUGUGGCUUUAUAAGGAUAAAACGAUAUUGUAUAUGGUUAAAUUAACACUUAGAUUGUCAUGUGCUAUGAAUUUUGUCAUUUAUCCACACGACACACAAGAAUGUAAAUUGCAAAUGGAAAGUUUAUCUCAUACAACAGAAGAUAUGAAAUUUGAUUGGGAUCCUGAGGUGCCCUUAGUUGUAGAUGAAAAUAUAGAAUUGCCACAAUUGGCACUAAUUAAGAAUUACACAGCAGAUUGUACGCAAGUUUAUUCAACGGGUAAUUUUACAUGCUUAGAAGUUGUAUUUGUCUUAAAACGUCGUUUAGGAUAUUACUUAUUUCAUACAUAUAUUCCAACAUGCUUGAUCGUCAUUAUGUCGUGGGUUUCAUUUUGGAUCAAGCCAGAAGCAGCUCCAGCUAGGGUUACAUUAGGAGUCACUUCACUGCUGACACUUUCAACACAGCAUGCAAAAUCACAAGCGAGCUUACCGCCUGUAUCUUACUUGAAAGCUGUUGAUGCUUUCAUGUCAGUAUGCACAGUUUUUGUGUUUAUGGCUUUAAUGGAAUAUUGUUUGGUGAAUAUUGUGCUAGGAGAUUCAUCACUUCCAAAACCAAUACCUAAACCGCCACCACCAGAAAAUAAGUUUGAUAAAUUCUUUGAGCUUGCAACUGGAAAGACAGCUAAAAAUUCAAUACCUUCCGCAAAGGUAGGAUUAAUAAUAGAACAAAAGUCCUUUUCCUCUAGACGAGAAACAAGAUGUAGUCAACAAGAAGAUCCAACAGAUUCACCACAUCCAUUUUUGAAUCCUCGUCGAAGCUGUCAAAUUGAUGCUUUAAGUUUACCCCCAGCUCCCCCUGCCCCAGCUCGAGGAGCUACAAAAUUGACUCCAGCACAAGUUCGACUAAGAAGAGCAAUUCAUGUCGAUAAAUUUAGUCGUGUAGCAUUUCCGCUUACCUUUACACUUCUCAAUUGCACAUAUUGGUAUAUGUUUUAUGAGUACAUUUAAGAUGUGUCGAUGAAUCUUAGGAAUUAAUUAAUAUUAAAAAGAAUUUAUUAUAGUUAUGAUGUAUAGAAGUAAUGGAAAUGCUUGAAAAUUCUAGAGAAAUUAAUAAAAUUUGAUUUGAAACGUGA